UAAGAUGUUACUAGAGGGGCAGUGCUGCUAACUCAAGCUAGGCUAUGGAGUCAAGCUGUCUAGAAGUAAGGACUCAAAAAUCCCUUAAGGAACGAGCAAAGGUAAAAUAUAUAAUGAAGUCUUGGCCCCGUCUCUUAUGAGGGAACCAAGCUCUCUUACUUUAGAUCUGUUCUACGUAGAUUCAUUACGUAUUUCUCAAUCAGAGUAGUCAUCACAUAUCUUUCUAGUUUUCAUACCAUGGCCUCUCCAGCGGCUCUGCCUGUUGCCCUCCUGGUCAUAUAUCUUACAAUAUCUCCAUCCUUAAUCUAUAUUGCCAUAAAGCAUGGCUUGAAGCAUGGAGCAGUCAUAGGCUGGUCCUUUCUUUUCAUAUUCUGCACUCUAAGAAUUGUCGCGAGUGCUAUUGAGAUACACGAUCCUCACAGUUCAGGCGCCGCACUGGUUGCUAGCAUUGGGCUGUCUCCCCUCCUUGCUGCUGCUUGUGGCAUUCUGCAUGAAUCGCGCGCUUAUAUCCUUCCGAAAUCACGACGACCUUUUGACACCCCAUACCUCAUUUUCUUUCAUAUCCUUGUUUCGACUGCAAUUGCUCUUGUGGCUGCCGGUGCCUCAAAACUCGACAAUGAUACGCUGCCACCAGAUCAGAUUAAGAAAAGUUACGCUCUAGUGAAGGGGGGCAUGAUUCUUUUACUCUUGGGCUGGCUUUCACUUGCAGUAGUCACUCUCAUCACAUUUCGAGACUCCCUACUCCGCGAGUCAAGGAAACCAAAGGAGAGUGCGGCAGAGAAGAGACUACUUCUGGCUGUCGCGAUUUCUAUACCGUUUCUAGGUAUUCGAGUACUGGAGAGGGUUAUUUACUUCUUUACUCUGAACCAGGAGUUGAACCCAGUAACGGGCAGCCUUGGUCUAAGGGUUGGCCUAGAAGUUAUAGAGGAGAUAAUUGUAACCUUACUCUUUGUCUUCACAGGUAUCAUUACACGAAAUAUUAAAAGAACAGCUGCGGUGGAGCAAUUUUAGACAUACGGAAAUUUUCCAAGAUGGAUAAGUACAUGGCUGGAGCAGAAGAUCAUAUUGAUAAGGAUACAUUUCGGAACGUUAUACCCAUAGUCCCCAUAGUUUAGCAGCAUACCCAUGAGUUGAUAUCACC